AUGAUCAUCUCAUGCUCUUCCUUCGAUAUCUCCUUCCUCCUCGCACUCACAAUCAUUCUUGUAAUCACCUUAUUCAUCCUAAAGCAGAAGCUAUCCAAAACCGCCGUUUCAAACCUACCGCCGGGGCCACGGAAGCUCCCCAUCAUAGGAAACAUCCACCAGAUGGCCGGCGACCAACCCCACCGCCGACUCACCGACCUGGCCCGCAAACACGGUUCCGACGUGAUGAGCCUUCAGCUUGGGGAGCUCUCUCACAUCGUGAUCUCAACUCCUGAAGCCGCCAAGCUCGUGAUGAAAACCCACGACGUAGCUUUCGCUUCGAGGCCUUACCUCCUGGCCGCGGACGUGCUCUACUAUGGCUGCAAGGACAUAGCUUUCGCGCCCUACGGAGAUCACUGGAGGCAGAUGCGCAAGCUCUGCACGCUCGAGCUUCUCAGCGCCAGAAGAGUUGAGUCUUUUCGCCGCAUCAGGGAAGAAGAGGUGUCCAACCUCGUGGCCUCUCUCACCGCGGCUGCAGGGAAGCCUGUGGAUCUCGGACGGAUGUUGUCCACUGUGACGAGUACCAUAACUUCGAGGGCGGCGUUUGGUAAAGCGCAGGAGCUGAACGAUGAUUUCCUGAUGGUUGUCGAUAAUAUAUCGGAUGUUCUUGCAGGUUUCAGUGGAUUCAAAGCAAAGCUAGAGAAGAUGCGCGAGGCAUCGGAUUCGGUGCUGGAUCAAAUCAUCAGUGAGCAUAAAGCUAGAAGAAGGGCGGCAGUUGUUAAGGAUGGUCAUGAUGGAAAGAAAGAGGAUCUUGUUGAUGUACUUCUGAAUCUUCAAGAGAACCAGCUGGAUCUUGGAGCUCCUCCCAUCACAAUGGAGGUCGUUAAAGCAAUAACUUUGGAACUGUUUCUAGCGGGCAUUGAAACAUCAACUACAACAAUAGGGUGGACCAUGUCGGAAAUAAUAAAUGAUCCGAGGAUUCUACAAAUGGUACAACGAGAGGUCAGGCAAGUGUUUGGUUCUGAUGGCAAAAAGCAUUUCGACGAAGCAAGCCUUGAUCAAUUGAAUUAUCUGGAUAUGGUAAUCGCCGAGAGUUUAAGAUUACACCCACCGGCUCCUUUGCUUGUUCCAAGAGAAAAUAAUACAGUACUGGUUGGUGCUUUGAUCAAAAUCCUCGUACCAAUGAGCUUCAUUACCAUGGAAUAUCUCCGCCAAAAGAUGAUUUCUUGCUCUCCCUCGUUCUUCGUUAUCCCCUUCCUCCUCACAUUUGCAACCAUUCUUGUAGCCACCUUAUUCAUCCUAAAGCAGAAACUAUCCAAAAGCGCCGCUUCAAACUUGCCGCCGGGGCCAUGGAAGCUUCCCAUCAUAGGAAACAUCCACCAGAUGGCCGGCGACCAACCCCACCGCCGACUCAGGGACCUGGCCGGCAAAUAUGGUCCCGACGUGAUGAGCCUUCAGCUCGGCGAGCUCUCUUACAUCGUGAUCUCAACCCCUGAAGCCGCCAAGCUCGUGAUGAAAACCCACGACAUAGCUUUCGCUUCGAGGCCUUAUCUCCUGGCCGCAGACAUACUCUACGAUGGCUGCAAGGACAUAGCUUUCGCGCCCUACGGAGAGUACUGGAGGCAGAUGCGCAAGAUCUGCACACUCGAGCUCUUCAGCGCCAAAAGGGUUCAAUCUUUCCACCGCAUCAGGGAAGAAGAGGUCUCCAAUCUCGUGGCGUCUCUCGCUCGUUCUGCGGCUGCAGGGCAGCCCGUGGAUCUCACUCGGAUGCUGUCCGCAGCAACGAGCGCCAUAACUUCCAGGGCAGCAUUCGGUAAAGCGCAAGAACUGACCGACGCUUUUAUGAUGGUUGUCGAAAAUAUUUCGGAUGUUCUUGCUGGUUUCACAAUCUCUGAUCUCUAUCCUUCCCUCAAGUUUCUCCCUAGUCUUACUGGGUUUAAAGCUAAGCUAGAGAAGAUGCACAAGGCAUCAGAUUUUGUGCUGGAUCAAAUAAUCGAUGAACACAAAUCCAGAAGAAAAGGCGGCGACGGUGGGAAAGAGGAUCUUGUUGAUGUCCUUCUGAAUCUUCAAGAGAAACAGAAUCUUGGAGUGCCCAUCACAAUGGAGGUCGUUAAAGCAAUCACUUUGGAAAUAUUUCUAGCUGGGAUUGAAACAUCAACCACAACAAUAGAGUGGACCAUGUCAGAAAUGAUGAAUGAUUCAAGAGUUCUACAGAAAGCACAACAGGAGGUGAGGCAAAUAUUUGGUGGUGAUAGCAAAAACCAUUUUGACGAAACCGGCCUUCAUCGAUUGAAGUAUUUGGAUAUGGUUAUUGAUGAGAGUUUAAGAUUACACCCACCGGUUCCUCUGCUUGCUCCAAGAGAAAACAGAGAUCAAGAGGUGGGAUUCGGUUCAUAUGAGGUCCCUAUCAACACCAACGUUAUCGUGAAUGCCUGGGCGAUCAAUCGGGAUUCUCGUUACUGGACAGAUGCGGAGAGAUUCUUUCCAGAAAGAUUUAUUGAGUGCACAACCGAUUAUAAGGGAAACUAUUUUCAAUUCAUUCCAUUUGGCGCUGGAAGAAGGAUGUGUCCCGGUGUUUCUUUCGGACUGGCAAUCGUCAAACUUAUUCUAGCGAAUUUGCUUUUCCAUUUUGACUGGACGCUUCCUGAUGGACAGAAAAGUGUUAAUAUGACAGAAUCCUUUGGAGUGACGCUCAGGAGGCAACAUGCUCUCCAUCUUAUUCCAGUUUCACAUGGUGGGGUGCCAUAG